CUGCUGCCAUACCUUUCAACGGUUGAGUGCACGGUCCUCCCAGCACCGUGUGAUCUAUCCGUUUUUCUUUCGUUUUCCUUCGGCGGAGGAGGGGUUGCACCAGGCACACACACGUCAGAAGCCAGAAGAUGCUCAUUCACCAAGUGAAACGCGUACUAAUCGCAGCCACCUCUGUUUGCAGCAAAUCGACGGCCAAUAGAAGCCUCCAUUGUAGUAGCGCACGCAACAUCUUCGCAACGAGACUUGUUCCUAGCUUGCUGCGACCGGAAGUCAUUUUGUGGCAGAAGCGUUCGGUGGAAAGACCAGCAGCGGAGUUCUUCGGUGUCCAUUCGAUUGGUCGUGGUUAUUCGACAGCAGCAGUGAAUUUUUAUCUGGACAAGGAGAGCAACGAGCAUUCAAGCGAAAUGGCUCCGAGAUUCGAACGUGACGACUACAAGAAAGAACCAUAUCAUGGCGUGAAACGCACCACGGAUUUCAAGCGCGGCAGUGGUCGUGAUGGCGGUGGAUACCGUGGUGGAGCUGGAGGUAGCGGCGGCGGUGGUGGUCGCUUUGGUGGUUCUGGAGGAGGUGGUCGCGACAAGUGGACCAUGGAAAGCAAGCAGCUUCAGAAAAUUAACUGGAGCAAGAUGCAGCUUGCCCCGUUUAAGAAGGACUUCUAUCGCGAACAUGCUGCGAUUAGAAAUCGUUCAUCGCGCGAUGUUGAUCGUUUCCUAGAGAAGCACGACAUCACGCUGAUCGGGGAUUGCCCUAAGCCCAUCCAAGAGUUUGAUGAGAUCGAUAUUCCGGAUUAUGUGAUGAACGAGAUCGAGAAGCAGGGCUUCCAGAAGCCCACUCCAAUUCAAGCCCAAGGAUGGCCAAUUGCUCUGAGCGGUUUGAACAUGGUCGGAGUAGCAAAGACCGGUUCCGGAAAAACCCUCGGAUAUAUGCUGCCUGCCAUCGUUCACAUUAAUCAUCAGAAACCAGACCCAAGCAUCCGUGGUCCUUUGGUGCUGGUGUUGGCCCCGACCCGUGAAUUGGCACAACAGAUUCAACAAGUGGCGACCGAUUUCGGAUCGUCUUCGUACAUUCGCAACACCUGUCUGUUCGGUGGCUCGAGCAAGGGUCCACAGGCGUCCGAUCUGCGACGUGGAGUAGAGAUCGUUAUUGCCACUCCCGGUCGAUUGAUUGACUUCCUGGAAACCGGAACGACCACACUGCAACGUGUCACAUAUCUAGUGCUGGAUGAGGCCGAUCGUAUGUUGGAUAUGGGUUUCGAGCCCCAGAUCAGGAAGAUUCUCGAACAGGUUCGACCGGAUCGACAGAUUCUCAUGUGGUCCGCCACAUGGCCCAAGGAAGUCCAGCGGCUUGCCCGUGAUUUCCUGGGCGAUUACGUGCAGAUCAAUGUGGGAUCGUUGGAGCUGUCGGCGAAUCACAACAUUACCCAACAUGUUAGGGUCAUCGAGGAGCACGAAAAAAAUGACCACCUUGGAAAACUAUUGGACAGUUUAUAUUCUCGCGGCAAUCCCGGCAAAAUCCUUAUUUUCACCACAACUAAGCGCAAGUGCGACCAGAUCUCAAAUUAUCUGCGUCGCUUCGGUCAGGAUUCGGUGGGUAUGCAUGGCGAUAAGAGCCAACAGGAACGCGAAAGGGCACUCAAUCGGUUCCGUAACUCGGACAGCUGUAUCCUGGUUGCUACGGACGUAGCGGCGCGUGGUCUAGACGUUGACGGCAUCAAGGUGGUCAUCAACUACGAUUACCCCCAGCAGACGGAAGACUACGUCCACCGGAUAGGUCGAACGGGUCGGUCCAACGCAACCGGCGAGGCGUACACAUUCUUCACCUCGAACGAACGCAAGAUGGCCAAAGAGCUGGUGGCGAUUUUGGAAGAGGCUAAACAGGAGGUGCCCUCGGAGCUGCUCAAGUGGCGCCACAUGGGCGGUGGCGGUAUCAACCGGUACGGUAGCGGCGGUGGAAACCGUUUCGGUACCUUCAAGGGUGGACGGGGUGGUAACGAUUUUGGAAGAGGAGGAAGCGAUUUCGGACGAGGCGGUGGUGGUGGAAUGAAGCGAUCGUACGGGGGAGGAAGUAGUUACGGAGCCUCGUCCUCAUCCAACGGAUACGGCGGAAACUCGAGCUCGAAUGGUUACAGCAGCCGCAACGGCUCGGGCGGCGGUGUCAGUAGUAGUGCGAAGCACAUCAAGUUUGACCACUAGAGGGAAAGAGGUUCGCAUUCUCAUCUCUCUUUUACAUAGGAUUAAUUCACUGUCUUUCUUAUCUCCAACUAAUUAAGAUAUUCUAUUUAAUUUAAUUCAGGCAAUCGGAAGAAAGAAUUACUCGUAUUAGUAGAACGUUUUAGUAUGAACAAUAUAUAUUGUUUUGUUCUUUCUUUUUUUUUACAAUUAGCUUAUUAGUUGAAUGUGAUUUUUCGCCCUCCGAGUAGAAAAACAAACAAGAUGUGUUUUAAUGCAUUAAUUGUACACGUGCCGGUUAUCCGGGAGAACAACUUACAAAUCAUCGCUGUGAUACACAGCAGUUAGAUUAGUGUAUCACACCGUACCGAUCGUAAUCGAAUCCAUUUCGAGUAAUUUGAAGUUUUAGUUGAAAUAAUGGCAAUCAGUAACCAAAAAAAAACAAACAAGAGAAGGAUAUUGUCAAACAAUUUGGAUUGGAACGCCCAGCUUGAGGGAGUAACAUUCCAUGUAGCGAUACUUAUGGUUCCUCCAAUCAAAGAAAAGAAGAAAAAAAAUAAACUACACUACUUUACAACAACUAAA